AAACAGUAAAAAAAAACUUCUUUGCAGCUCUCAGAUUUGGUAAAGUUACCAACUUCAAAGAACUCGAAGAGACCGUCUCUAUAGAAAAAGCUGAAAUCUUUGGCUUCGUUUUCAUCAAUUCGAAACUCAAAGUUGUGAAAAUCCAAAUGGGUAAUCAUUUUUUAACGUUAUCUCUGCUUCUCGUAACAGUCUGCGUUUGCGUUUCUUUCAUCACCACGAAGCUAAACCCUAAAGAAGCAAUCGUAUCUGUCUCUUCCGAUUCUGAGAUUCCUACUGAAAUUCAUGGUGUCAAGAUCUUGCGUCAAGCUUCAGAUACCAAACUUGCUCAAUUAGGCGUUGCCUCUUGGCCCAAGUGGGAAGGUGCUCCAAGCAAGUUUCCAUGGGAGUUUAAGAAGACAGAGACAAUAUAUUUCAUGGAAGGGAAAGUGAAAGUGAAUGUAGACGGAUACGACGAAGAAGAAGAAACCUUUGAGAUAGGGAAAGGAGAUGUUGUUGUUUUCCCUAAAGAUAUGAAAGUUGUUUGGGAGAUAACUGAAGCUGUGAAGAAGCAAUAUAGCUUAGAGGAGUAGUGACUUUGUAGAGAGAAUUUGAGUCACAUUGAUGUUUGUUUGUUGUACUUGGUUACUACUUUGAACUAAUAAUAUCUAUGGAAUUGCAAUGUUGA